UACAGCAGAAGAAGAAGACGCACAAUAACAACGCAAAAAAAGGUAGAAAAAUCUAGCAAAUUGUAAAAGUCCGCGUAAAAAUAAAAUAUAACCAGCCACAAUGGAAGCAAAGCGCGAGAGAAAGUCAUCCCUGGCCCCACUUUCGCCGUGUCCAAUUCCGGAUAUUACCGAUGACGAUUUGGUGAGCAUUUCGGUAAGGGAUCUCAAUCGGACCCUCAAGAUGCGUGGCCUGAACCGCGAGGAGAUCGUUCGGAUGAAGCAGCGCCGGAGAACCUUGAAGAAUCGCGGAUACGCGGCCAGUUGUCGCAUCAAGAGGAUCGAACAGAAGGACGAGCUGGAGACUAAGAAGUCGUACGAGUGGACGGAACUGGAGCAGAUGCACGAGGACAACGAGCAGGUGCGCCGCGAGGUGUCCAACUGGAAGAACAAGUACAAGGCGCUGCUGCAGUUUGCCAUCCAGAACGAGAUUCCCAUUCCCAGCGAGCUGGAGGGCUGCUGAACGAUUGCCCAGUCACAUUCCUGUUUCUGUCAAAAUUUUAAUAAACCCAAAACGAAAAAAAACACCUGUAACUAAAGUACAAUAGCUGGCAAAUACCCUUCCUCAAUAAACGUAAUCUGCUCAAGAA